AUGUUAUUACAGUUAUUGAUUGUCAGUGCCUUGAUGGCUGUUGCCUCAGCAGUAGUUUUGCCAGCACCUGCAUAUCCUGCCUAUCCAGGAGUAGCUAAAAUUGCCAAAGUUGUUGGUCCCGAGCCAUAUGAUCCAAAUCCUCAAUACAGUUACAACUACGAUGUUCAUGAUCCCACAACCGGCGAUAUUAAGAGCCAACAAGAAACCCGUACUGGUGACAUCACAAAGGGUGCCUACUCCUUGAUCGAACCUGAUGGUACCCGCCUCAUUGUCCAAUACACUGUGGAUCCUGUAAGUGGUUUUAAUGCCGUUGUUCAACGUGAAGGUGUUGCCAAGGUAGCCAAAGUUUUGGCACCUGUAGCCAAGGUUUUGGCACCUGCCCCAAUCUAUCCGGCACCACUUUUGGCCAAACCGGUUGUGCCCGCCUAUCCGGCAUUACCUGCCUUCGGUCCAUACCACGGUUAA